CACAAACCCUCAGGCCUACGAUUCCACAGCCAUGGCUGAACCAUCAACAAGCCCUCUGGUCAAACUGCCUGACGAACUGCACCUGCAGUAUGCCUGCUACCUGGAUGCUCGGUCCCUCAGCCGACUGAGCCAGACCUGCAAGGGGUUACAGGACAAGUUCAGCCAGGAGCUGAAGCAAGCCCACGAAGCCCACAAGAUGCGGCAAGAGGGCCAGGGGUCAGCAUUCGCAGUGGAAGCUGAAUCCCAGAGAUGGAAGCGGUACCCUCGCCUGUACAACGCCAUCGAAAAGGGCCAAGUCAACCUGGUGCAGAACUAUCUGCAAGCCCGGGGCAACCCCAACCUCCGACUUGGGCCGGGGGCCAGGCCGAGUAUCAAAAAGCCCCUCCUGCAUUGGGCGUUGUACACCGGGGCCGGGGGCCGGGAUGCGACGAUCGUCCGGCUCCUGCUCGAGUACGGCGCGGACCCCAACCUGGACGCAACAGAUUGGAAGAUGAAGAAGUGUCACCGCAAAGGCGCCGGGACUGCGCUGGACUGGGCCAGGAGAGAGAAGCGGUGUCUCUUCGGACAAGACGCAUACCCCCAGCUCGGUGACGCGGAACGUAUUAAACUGGCUCUGUCCUAUGGUGCAAGGGCAUCGCACAAUGAAACAAUCCGCAGUCUUUAUCAGAUGGAAGAUGGCUCGACCCUGGUGUAUAUGGCGGUUGCCAAUGGAACCGAUUUGAUGCACUUGGGCUUUGGCUGGUAUGAUCUGGUCGGUCUGUUUGGCGGGCCCACGGACAGUCGAAUUCCGUACACGGACGAGCAGGUGUUGGAGCUCCUGGAGCUCGAGCCCAAGCUGAUCGGGGUGGCAACGCCCCACAAGGCCGUGCGCUAUAUCAAACAGCUUAGGCCAGCCCUUGUCCAGCACCUGAUCCAGAAACGAAGCAGUUUUGAGUGGCUGGGGAAUUUGUGUGCAGACUUUUGUCAUUAUCUCUAG